GAGUUAAUUUCGCAGUUAAUGGUGCGACCCUGACGGGGGCCGUCUUAUCCCCUUCCUAUUCUGCUUUCCCCUCGCUCCAGAGUCCAGUCCCCAGACGAGCGGUUGGAGCUUCGACGUGCGGUUUCCAUUUCCUGCCCUGCUCUGAUGGCCGUCGCCGAAGUGGCGAUCGAGAUUCUCCCGCAGCAGCAGCAGCAGCAGCCGCCGCCGCCGCCGCGGGAACCGGCGGUAGUGCCUCCGAACCUCUCCGUGCCGAGAGUGCUCCAGUAUCUGUACCUCUUGAGCGCGUGGGUCGCCUGCGCGGGCGUGGCUGCCGGGACCGUGGCGCGCCGGGCCUUGGGCGACUCUUCCCCGUUGGUCUACGGGUUCCUCAAAGUCUCGAUCGGAGCCCUCGUUUUCCCCGCGCUGCUCAUCCUCGUCUUCGCCCUGCGGGUCUUGCGCGCCAUGCUUGCCGUGGGGUUCAGACGGUCACUCCGCACUCACGCCAGGGAGAUUCAGAUCCAAGCCACGAAGAUAUUUAGAGCGUUAACGUGGAAGGUGCUGCAGGACCCUAUUGUGCUUGCGUGGCUCGCAUCUUUGCUUUUCAUCCUGCUUCUUGCAGCAAGUGUUCUGGUGUUUGUGGGACUUCUACCAAUGGAGGAGUCUCGCAGAGAAAGGAUUGGUUAUGCGCUCUCUGAUGUGGGGGUAUUGGGUGCAAUGGCAAUGUAUUGCCUUAUCAUUAUACCCAGUUUUGCGCUGAAGAUCUGGAGGAGCAAGUAGGGUGGCGAUGCUGCACAAGGCACAACACUGGCGAUAUCUGAGGUACCCAACUGUUUCUCUGGCCAUCCUGUGGUCUUGUGUCGUAUAAGCUUUUCUAUAACGAAGGAUCGUACAUAGUUGUGCUUUGUUGCCUCUUAUUAGUAUGUUAACAGCCCUUUUAGUAGCAUAAAUCAGAAUUCUGACUGUGAAAGCUGCUUCAAUAGGUAGUUAUUGAACAAUAGACUUCAUGUGAACGUUAGCAUAAAAUCUGCUACAGGCUGAAAAAUGUUUGAAAGUACUUUUUUUUGGAAAUUAUGUGUAAUUGAAUCCAGUCUGAGGCCAUGUGUAACUCCUAAUCUGUCACUACGGUUCCUGGAUUUUUCAUCUAUUAC